UACACCCCCAUGUUCGUGCAAGCAAGGCAAGGCAAGCAUCAUUCAUAUAGAUAUACCACCGGUACCCUGCACGCCACGUCCAGCUACCUUCUGUUUUCUUCAUCCGCGUCACGAGUCCGAUCCCCAGGCAGCGCGCGUAAUCACAGGCAGGCAGGCAGCAUGGCAGGCAUAGCCAUGGCCGGCGACGGCGACGACCGGAAGAAGGCGAAGGUGAUCGCCGACAUCGACGAGGACGAGCUGUUCGAGCUCGACAUCGCCCUCCUCGACGGCCAUUCCGCUUCCGUCGCCGACGGCGACCAUGCUGCCGGGCAGCACGACGCCCUGCUGGCCAACUGCCUGCUGCCGGUACGCUCGGUGAGCAACGCGGUGCCGGUGGACGACGCGGGCAGCAGCGCGCUGUCGUCGUACCCCUACUCCGGCUACUACAGCUCGAGGAGGGGCGGCAUCGUCGGCAGGAGGUUUCUUGCACGGUCAGCUGGGAACUCGGCGAGGUUUUGCUUCUCGAGCAGGGGAUUCGAAACCUACUUCCAGAGGUACUGAUGAUCGAGCGUCGUUGAUCCAGCCGCCAAACUUUCCAUCAAACGUCGUCCACCUAUAUGUCCAUCCAGUGCUUUUUUUGAGCGCAAAGGCUGUGCAUUUUUCGGCACAAUUCGAUUAAAUUUUGUACUGCUUAUUCGUGGCCCGGUCGUAUCGUGUAUACUGAUAUAAAUUGACUCAACAAUUCGACCACUGUGUUUUUGGUCACUUUCUUUACAAGGACUCAUUCGAACUCGGCCCAAUCCAGGCGGAUGGGCUGGGCUAGGAUCGCCCAGUUCAAAUAUAUUUGCUAUAAAAUGGAGUUUUAUUAA